GACGCAAAAAUCGCGUAUAAAUAACAGCGGCCGAGACAAGAGGAAGUCAUCAUCGUCGUCCGCCAUCCCGUCGACCGCGCGGCGCCACCAUGUAAAUGUUCACACCGGUAGCAUCGGAUCCAUCCCGAGUUCUCUACGCGAUCUCGAUGGGGACGCGGGAGAUGCCACACCCUCUCUGUUGCAUCUCCCUGGACCUCGUCGGUCUCGGCGCCCGCUCUCCCGCUCCGGCCGAUCCGCCGCCGCGUGCCGGCGAGGGCGAGGCUGGCCCAGCCGACUCCGUCACCUUUUGCGGGGCGUUGUACAAAUGGACCAACAUCAGGAAGGGGUGGCGCCUCCGCUGGUUCUCCCUCCACGACGGCGUGCUCUCCUACUCCAAGAUCGCCCGCCGGGACCUAGCCACCGUGCCCUCGGGAAGCCGCGUCCGCCUCAUCGGAAAUUCCAGUUCCAUGUUCUCCUCCUCCUAUUCCCGCGGCGGAUGUGGCUGCCGGCAACCCCGGAUGCCCGUACGACUCGUCCAACUCAAGGUACGCAACCGCUGUGAUCCCCAUUCUUAGGCAUGGCAUAAAAAUUGAAAAGAAAAAAAGGAUUACGAAAUAAAUCGAGAAUCUCAUUCUAUUUUGUUUCCCCAAUACAUCGAUCAAUCGGGGUUUGGUGCUCUCGUCCCGCUGAGAAAUUUAGGAAGUCUGUUAAUUUUUAUUUUAUUUUUUCCAAUUUUAUCAUGCUUCCAUUUCUUUCCUCGAUUCACUUUGCCUGUUGUUGUGAGGUUUCGGUGCUAAACGAGGGUUCACCAAAGCAUAGGAUGGACGGUGAAGAUGUCGCCUCGGAGAUCGAGCAGCGUGACCCCGAAGCACGUACGGACCGAGUCGAGACCAUGCCCGCUGGCCAAAAGGAAGGGCGCAAUGGGAAGAACGUAGAAUACAUCUCGUAGGUAACUAAACUAGGGUGAGACUGCGCCGCGAUGGUGACGCCCUAGUCCGGAAGUCCCCACUGGCUACAGCUGCUGCUGGUAUUCCUGUUUCUGCAAGAGCAGAGGGAGGGGAAGGGAAGGGGGGGCCGGGGGGGCCGACAGCUGGAUUUGGCCUCAGCUAAUGGAUCAUCACUUGCUGCAAAAGAGCUAAGUGGCAGUAGUACUAUGUCCCCGAUUCGUGUGUUUGUCUGCUCUUUCUUCUUUCUUCUUUCUUCUUCUUCCUUUCAUUUCCUUUCCCUCUAUCCCCUUCUGUGAUUUUGAAACUCAUCUACAAAGUCGAUACUGCUACUAGGCUGGGAAAGCGACCAAUGCUCUUCUGCUCGUUGUUGUGAUCUCAUCAUUUCGUGAAAGUAAGACAGAUGACAGAAGAUUCUACAUAUUUUCUCCAAAAAAGACUCUUCAUUUGAAGACUGAUUCAAGCCAAGACCGUGUGGCCUGGAUUGAAGCUUUGAUUUCAGCAUCAAAAGAAUUUUCCACAAGUAAACAAUUAUUUUUCAUGCCAACUGAUGUUCCAUUUUCAACUGAAAAGCUUAAAGAUCGCAUGCGAGCCGAGGGACUAGAUGAAGCAUUCAUUGAGGACUGUGAGAAGAUCAUUCAUUCUGAGUUUGCAGAGUACCUCAGACACUUUAAGCUUCAAUUUGAAGAUCACUUAAAUACUAUUACAUUCCAUCAGCAACUGGAGGAAGUUGACGUAGAAGAUAUGACUAAUGACAGUGAAGUGCAGUUAACCAAUGCUGACUUUUCCAGCUACAGACAUGAAAAAUCCAUUGAGUCAAGUACAACAGUAUCUUCUGAUGAUAUUGAAAAACAAGAUCUUGAUGAGUUAUCUGAUCAGGAUGAAAUUUUCUUCUUUGAUGCAAAUGAGUGUCUUGAUGAUCCUACAACAAAUUAUGUAUGUAAAGUAACAGCCUCAGAUGCAUCUGGGAGGAUAUCUGAAUCUGAAAAUAAUUCUGUCGCAACAGUGAUGGUUAGAAGGCGUGAGAAGUUGCCAGAGCCUGUUGAGAUGGAGAAAUGUGUCAGCCUAUGGUCAAUGAUUAAAAAUAAUGUUGGAAAGGAUCUCUCUAAAGUUUGCCUCCCUGUUUAUUUUAACGAACCAUUAUCUUCACUUCAAAAGUGCUUUGAAGACUUGGAGUACUCUUACUUAUUGGAUCAAGCAUAUGAAUAUGGGAAAAAGGGGGACAAUCUCAUGAGAAUUCUGAAUGUAGCUGCCUUUGCUGCCUCUGGAUAUUCUUCUUGUGAUGGCCGUGUUUGCAAACCCUUCAAUCCUCUGCUAGGAGAGACAUAUGAAGCUGAAUUCCUUGAAAAAGGAGUACGCUUCAUUUCUGAAAAGGUUAGUCACCAUCCUAUGCUCAUCGCUUGCCAUUGUGAAGGCAGAGGUUGGAAAUUCUGGGGGGACAGCAACCUGAAGAGUAAGUUUUGGGGGCAAUCCAUACAACUAGAUCCUGUUGGUAUAUUAACCUUGGAAUUUGAUGAUGGAGAAAUUUUUCAAUGGAGUAAGGUGACAACAACUAUCUACAACCUAAUUGUUGGUAAGGUGUACUGCAAUCAUCAUGGUACAAUGAAUAUACGUGGAAACAAAGAAUUUUCUUGUACUCUAAAGUUUAGAGAACAGACACUCCUUGACCGCAACCCUCGACAGGUGCAAGGCUAUAUUGAGGAUACCAAAGGAUUAAAAGUUGCUUCAUUACUAGGAAAGUGGGAUGACAGUAUGUACUACUCACUUGAUAAUGCUAUCUGGAAGUCUAAGACAUCUAAUUUGUCAGAAAAUGCAACCUUACUGUGGAAAAGAAACAAGCUGCCUGAUGAUCCCACCCGAUACAACUUGACGUCAUUUGCAAUUACAUUGAAUGAGCUGACACCAGGAUUGAAGGAAAAGCUUCCGCCUACUGAUUCAAGACUCCGGCCAGAUCAGCGGUAUCUUGAAAAUGGAGAGUAUGAAAAAGCAAAUGGAGAAAAGCUGCGAUUAGAGCAAAGACAGCGUCAGUCAAAGAAAUUGCAAGAAAAUGGGUGGAAACCAAGAUGGUUUCUGAGAGACUGUGAGAAUGGAACAUUUCAUUACAUAGGCGGGUAUUGGGAAGCUAGGGAGAAAAAGGAAUGGGAUGAUUGUACUGAUAUAUUUGGCGAGUUAUCAACUGCUACAAAUUCUUAAUCCUGCAGCUACCAGAUACUCAGAAAUCAAGUUGUUACCUGGUGUUUGAUCAACUAUGGUAAACCUUAAUUCUGUGCUGAUUUCUGAUGGUUUGUCUACUUUUGUCACAUGUAACUGCUAAUUCUUUUGUUGUUUGAUUAUGUUGUUCAUUUUAGAACGAGAUGGCAUUCUUUGUCAAAUGAUUAUAUCAUAUUGUAACCUUCUCUUCUUUUGUUAGUAUCAUGCAGUGAUAUACUAAGGAUAAUGCUAAAAUG